GGUAAAAAAGAAAUUUUAUUUAAUAGUAAAUCCUCUGUAGCUACGAGGACAUGAAAGAGACAAAUGCAGAGCCGGCGGAGAGUGAACAGAAAAAAAAGAAAGAAAAUAAAACGAAGAAAGAAUGAAAUAAUUCAGUUCACUCUACAGCUUGAUUAUCAAAAGCAAUCUCAAUUUCUGUUUUGAUUGCUCGCUAAUUUCAUGUCAAGAGUUGGGCUCACCUUUACAUUCUUCUACUGUUCAGAAUCAGGCUAGACCAAGCAUCCUGCGUUGGAUACAUUGCCAACUCGCUGCAGCCUAUUGAGAAAAUUGAGGAGCCUAGAAUUGGACGUUGUGUUGUUGUAGAGUCAGAAAACAGAGCAGAAGAAUGGAAAAUGAGGAAGAUAAAGCUAGAAGUAGCUGCAGAAGCGAAAAUAUAGACAGAUUGAGUGAUCUACCUGAUAGCAUAAUUCAUAAAAUUCUAUCCUUGGUUGACCUCAGAUGUGCUGUCCAGACAAGUGUACUGUCCAAAAGGUGGAGAUUCUUGUGGACUUCACUUACUGAUCUCAAUUUCAAUGGAACCUGUAUGGAUUUCACGAACUUCGUAACUUUCAAUAGAUUCGUGAGUAGAGUAUUAUCUACUCGUGAGGACAGCAAUGUUUACAAGAUUCAACUCUAUUCCACUUGGAGCCCCCAUCAUUCUCUCUUGGAUAUGGUCAUAAAAUAUGCAGUUUCCCAUCACAUUCAGAAUAUGGUCAUUAAUUAUGGUCAUUCCACUAUCCGAUCUUUCUCUUUACCGCCUGCAUUUUUAACAUGUCAAUCGUUGAAAACCCUACAAUUAUCUGGAUUCAAUUUUAAAGCUUUGGGUUUUGCUCUCCCGAAUCUCAUCUCCUUGAGUCUCUCCCACUGUUCAUUUACCAAUCCAAGUGAUUUCGAUGAUCCUUUUGCUAGUUGCCUGAAAUUGAAAAAUCUAAGCCUACGCUCUUGCAGUUUUCUGUCGUCAAAGGUCUUGAAAAUAUCUGGGCUCCAGUUACUUAACCUAGAAAUUGUAGGCCUUGGAUAUAUGAAUCUAGCAGGAUUACUGUAUAGGAUUGAUAUUUUUGCACCAAAGCUCAUCUCUUUCGUCUACAAACUCUCUCAUGUAGUGGAUUUCUCUGGACUCCACCUUCCCUCCCUUAAUAUUGCCCGUGUUCAUGUUUGUACCAAGCAAGACAAGAAGAAAGAGGCGUAUCUGGGCUUGAUCAAUAUGUUCAAAGGGCUUGGCAAUGCUCAAUCAGUCAUGCUACAUUCUCAAACCAUUGAGGUCCUUGGUUCAUUUCCUGGUUUACUAGAACAAGAACCUUCUCCUUUUAAAAGAUUGAAGUCUUUGCAAGUUGCCCCCAACAAUAAACCUUUUGUGCCUCCUCAUGUGAUGACCUACUUACUUGGUGGCACUCCUCUCGCCGAAACUAUAUAUGCAGAUUACCUAUAGCUUUCAUAAACACUGGCACAACAUCCUCAAAUUUGGAAUACCAUGUGUACAUGUUUGGGGAGCUGGAAUCUAUCACUUGCUUGUAUCGAUAACAUCUGAAAUCAAUGGACUUCCUAGAUAGCAACCUGAAAGUUGCACAACGUGGAAAAUUUCUAGAUAUGUAUCUUGAAACACAUUGCUUGCUACUUUGAAUUAUUGUUAGCUAUGCAUAUUCGAAAUAGGGUUCUUAAAUCCUCUUACUUUC